UCACCAAAAUGAUCUCUCUUACCGAAUUUUUGGUGUUAAUUAUUUCGAUCUUAGUUCCUGUUUAUUUUUGGAAAAAGUACAAUUUGACAUAUUGGCGAAGAAAAAAUGUUGCAUUCGUUGAACCAAAUAUUUUACUCGGUAAUCUUUAUGACAUUUUAAAAUUGUCACAAAGUUGUGCUGAAAAUUUGCAAGAUUUGUAUAAUCACAAGAACGCCGAAGAUCAAUCAGUUCUUGGAGUUUAUAUUUUAAACAAACCUGCCUUGUUAAUUCGUGAACCAGAAUUGAUAAGAUCAAUUCUUGUGAAGAAUUUUAAUAAAUUCUCAAAUCGUUAUGCUACAACAGAUGAUAAAGGUGAUACUUUGGGAUCGGGAACAUUGUUCUUCAUCAAAAAUCCUCAUUGGAAGGAAUUGCGUACAAAGUUGACACCAGUUUUUUCAAGUGGCAAAAUUAAACAAAUGUUUCCAUUAAUGCAGGAUGUUGGAGACGAGUUGGAUAAGUACCUGUGUAAAUUUGAAGUUGAUAAAGAUAACAGUUUCAUUCAGGAGGUUAAAGAAGUUUGUGCUCUUUAUACCACAGAUGUGAUAGCAACAGUUGCAUUUGGUAUUCAAGCUAAUAGUCUUCGGGACCCUGAAGCCGAUUUUCGACGAAAUGGUCGAACAAUAUUUCAUUUCACCUAUCUUAGAGCUAUCGAAUUCGUUACAGUAUUUUUCGUUCCAUAUAUUGCAAAAUUACUAAAAUGCAAAGUAUUUCCAAAAGAAUCAGCGAAAUUUAUUCGAACUACCAUUAACUAUGUUAUGGAUGAAAGAAUCAAAAGUGGAAACACUCGUAACGAUUUGAUAGAUGUUCUAAUAGCUUUUAAAAAAUCAGCUGAGCUUGAAAAUGAUACUGAUCAUUUAGCUAUGAACAAUGAGAUUUUAGUCGCACAAGCGGGAAUAUUCUUUAUUGCCGGCUAUGAGACUUCUUCAGCAACAAUGUCAUUUUGUUUGUAUGAAUUAUCAAAGUAUCCUGAAAUACAGAAAAAAUUGCGAGGGGAGAUUCGAGAUGCUUUGAUAAAAACUGAUGGCAAUAUUACUUAUGAAACUCUCAAUGAAAUGGAAUACUUGAAUAUGGUAAUCAUGGAGGUCUUAAGACUGUAUCCCCCACUUCCGUUCUUAGAUCGAACUUGUACAUUGCCAAGUGGAGAAAAGGAAUUCUCAUUUAAACCAGAGUUAGACUUGGAUAUACCAAAUCAUAUGGGAGUAUUUAUUCCAGUGUUUGGUAUUCAAAGAGAUUCUAAGUUCUUUCCAAAUCCUGACCAGUUUGAUCCUGAAAGAUUUUCAGCCGAAAAUAAGUCGAAUAUUAAACCUUUUACUUACAUGCCUUUUGGCUUGGGACCACAUAGUUGUAUUGGAGAGCGUUUCGGACUUGUUCAAGCGAAAAUUGGUCUCAUCAAUGUUCUCAGGAGUCAUUAUGUAACUGACUGUGAUAAGUCACAUAGUAAAAUGAUAUUCGAUCCCAAAGCUAUGAUCAUUCAAUCGAAGGGUGGUAUAUUUUGUAAAUUUGUUAGAGAUCCUCUUAUUUAGAUUUUAAGAAAAGUCUGUUUGUAGACAUAUACAUUUAUGAAGUACUUAAGGUACACAUGUACAUUUUUUGUUUAAAAAAAAACUUUGUUUUUAAUUUGGAAUUACAUAAACAUAUGAUUAAGGAAAAAUUUUGUUUUCAUAAGACGACACUUCAUUAAACUGAAGA